CGACAUCACAGAAAUAAGUCGAAUUUAUGUAAUUAACUUGAUAAUUUAUGACUUCACCUGCAGAUGCUGGUGGCCUCUGGCGACAUGAUUUAUAAGCAAAACUCCGAUCUGUGUGCAUGCAAUUGAAAAUAAUCUGCAGGAAAACGGAACAAUUUCCGUGCUCGUUAUAUUCGAGAGAAUAAGAGCGAGUGCGACCUUACGUGGUUCGGUGUCUUCGGGAUUCUUUCAUGCGCGAUAACUGAGCGAUAUUCUAGUUCGAUUUGAUAUUGUUGAAAAAGUCGAGAAACCGACAAUAUGAGUGCCGCGUCUACGAGCAGAAUGCAGGAUCUUCCACCAAAAGGAGGCUAUGCCCCUUUUCAAACCGAAAGAGUUAAAUUACGUAGUGUUCUCAACGCGAAGAGCUGCUUUGGGCUUGUCCUAGGCAGCACUUUGUUUGGGAUGUACAGCUAUUAUAAAACUUUCAUAUGGAUUAAAAGACACGAGAUUGAGAUGAGAAGCGCACACUUAGCUAUAUGGCCACUGCUGCUGGCGGAACGAGACAGAGCCGUUCUAAAGCAAAUGAGAUACAACCGAGAAACAGAGGCAGAAUUAAUGAAGAAUAUCGAGAAAUGGGAAGUUGGUACCUAUUAUGGAGAACCAAUAUUCUUUUUGGAUAAAGAAGAUCAAUAUAGAGAUCCUUUGUUCAGUGAACAUUUUGCACACACUCAUCCAGAUGACUUUCUAAUACGUUCUGCUCGUCAUCUGGUGACAUAAAAAUGUCUACUUAUAGCAAGUGGAUGUAAUUAUGUUCAAAUCAUGGUUAUAGCUUAAAGAACUUGUGCAUGUAGUCCAUUAAUAAUAAGAAUGUGUAAUUAUUAUGAUAUUUAAAUUUCUACGAGUGAUAAACCUAUGGAGCACUGGUUCUAUAUAAAAAUAGAAUAAAAUUACAUAAUCUCUGCUUAUCGAUGAGCUUCUCUUUUCUCUGUCGGUAAAACAAAAAGCAAUGCAAGGCAAAUAGCUCUUUGAGAAUAGCCACUUGAAAAAGAACUUAUUAAAACAAAAGAAUUUUCUUAUUCGUA